GUAAAAAAGAAAUUAAUCAAACAAAAAACAGGCGUUAAAUUUAUAGAAAAAUCUUUAAUAAAAUCUGAAAACAAUAAAUUGAUUCCUACAAAAUGUUUAAGAAUUUAAUAAUAAUAUUAACUAUAUGUAUUAGUUUAACUCUAAUCAAGUGCAAUGAUUUACUUAAUUAUCGUGUCUCGCCAAAAUUUUUAAAACCCUUAAAAAAUGCUCCUAAAUAUGAUAUCACUCUAAGUAAACUGGAUGAAUCUUUAGCACAAAUAUCCAAUGUUUAUACACAGGCUCUAUUUUCGGGCACCCACACACCCGAAUUGGAAAAACGCAUGAGCAAUUUAGAAUUGGAAAUAUUUGAUCAAUUGGAUGCGCUUUAUAAGCAGAAAAGACUUAAGGAUUAUAUGAAAUAUGAAGCUGAGAUUACGAAUCGUUUGAUAUUAUAUAAUAUGUUAAAGAAGCUUUUCGGUACAUUGGAGGUGGAUAAGAAAAAGAAUUGAUUGUUUUGUUCCGAAGUAUGCAAGUGAUUUUUUUAAGACAAACUGUGAUAUUUGAAAUUCCUAGUUCCUGUAUUUAGUUCAAAGAGAAAUUUUGAAUUUCAAAUGGAGUUUUAUAUUGUUAUUUACAUAUUAAUUAAUGUGUCAUAUUUAAUUUAUAAGUAUUUUCUAUA